UCCCUUCUAACGGAUUCCGGGUGGGAUUAAAAGCGGUCGUAGCCAUGUACGCGCUGCACGAGGGUCUGCUGCUGCCGCUGGUGGUCCUGGCCGGACUGCAGAUUGCAGCAGAGGGCAGGGCCGCCCCGCCAUGCAGGCCAGGCUUCUCUGAAGAUGUAUACACGGUUGUGGUGCCAGAUAUCACAGAGAAAGGACAGCCCCUUUUCAACGUGCGGUUCCUCAGCUGUGGCCGAGGCGGCGAGCUUCUGUUCGAGUGCAGCAACCCGUCCGACUUCCGGAUAGAAGCCGAUGGCAGCGUUUACGCCGCCAAGACCCUGCGGCGCACCGCGCUCCCGGCGUCGCCUCUGCUCAUCACGGCCCGUGACGCCGCCACUCAGCAGCAGUGGGUGACUCAAGCCGUGCUGACAUCCUCCAACCAACAGGUCCAGGAAGCUCUCGUCCCUCCGGUCAUGUCCGAGGGUUUGAAGGAAAUAACGUUUCCAUCUCGGAACGCGGACAGCCCACUGAAACGAAUGAAGAGAGACUGGGUCAUCCCCCCAAUCAACGUCCCCGAGAACUCUCGAGGCCCGUUCCCACAGGAGCUCGUUCGGAUCCGAUCGGACCACGACAAAAACCGCUCGCUGAGGUACAGCGUAACGGGCCCCGGGGCCGACCAGCCUCCCACUGGCAUCUUCAUCAUCGACCCGAUCUCCGGAGAGCUCUCCGUCAACAAGCCGCUGGAUCGAGAGCACAUCUCCAACUUCCAUCUACGAGCCCACGCGGUGGACCUGAACGGCAACCAGGUGGAAAACCCCAUCGACAUCGUGAUCAAUGUGAUCGACAUGAACGACAACAGGCCGGAGUUCACCCACCAGAUCUGGAACGGCACUGUUCCGGAGGGUUCUAAGCCAGGAACAUUCGUCAUGACCGUAACGUCUGUGGACAAAGACGACCCCAAAACGGCUAACGGGAUGCUGCGCUACAAGAUCCUGUCCCAGAACCCCGAGAGUCCCACGUCCAACAUGUUCACCAUCAACAAUAAAACCGGCGGCAUCAUCACGGUGGCGGCCGGCCUGGACCGCGAGAAAGUGCCUCAGUACACGCUGAUCAUCCAGGCCACUGACAUGGAGGGCAACCCCAUGUACGGCCUCUCCAACACCGCCACGGCCGUCAUCAGAGUCACCGACGUCAACGACAAUCCGCCCGAGUUCACCGCGGAGACGUUUUUCGGCGAGGUGCCCGAGAACCGCGUGAACGUCAUCGUGGCGAAUCUGACGGUGACUGACAAGGACCAGCCCAACACGCCGGCCUGGAACGCCGUCUACAAAAUCACCGGGGGCGACCCCACCGGCAGGUUCUCGGUGCCCACUGAUCCCACCACUAACGAGGGCCUGGUGACGGUUGUCAAGCCCAUCGACUACGAGAUCAGUCGGACGUACGUGCUGACGGUGGAGGCGAGGAACGAGGUUCCUCUGGCCAGAGGCAUCCACUCCCCCCGCCAGUCCACCGCCACCGUCUCCAUCAGGGUCAUCGACGUCAACGAGAGUCCCUACUUCGAGCCCAACCCCAAACUCAUCAAGCUGGAGGAGGGGAUGCUGCCCGAGUCCACGCUCACCACCUUCACGGCGCAGGACCCCGAUCGCUUCAUGCAGCAGACCAUCCGAUACUCCAGACUCUCAGAUCCGGCCAACUGGCUGAGAAUCGACCCCAACACUGGUCGGAUUACAACAAUUGCCAUUUUGGACCGAGAGUCGCCCUAUGUGAAGAACAGUUUGUACAAUGCCACAUUCCUGGCUUCUGACAGCGGUGUGCCGCCAGCAAGCGGCACAGGCACUCUCCAGAUCUACCUUCUGGAUAUCAACGACAAUGCGCCCAAGGUGUUCCCCCAGGAGGCGGAGAUAUGUGAGAAGCCCGAGCCCAACGCCAUCAACAUCACCGCGCUGGACGGAGACCUGAACCCCAACGCCGGGCCGUUCGCCUUCGAGCUCGCCCACAGGCCCUCCGACGUCCGGAGGAACUGGACCAUUACGAGAAUCAGCGGUGACUACGCUCAGGUGAGCCUCAAGAUCGGCUUCCUGGAGAGCGGCAUCUACGAGCUCCCCAUCAUCAUCACCGACUCGGGCAACCUGCCCAUGUCCAACACGUCGUACCUGCGGGUGAAGGUGUGCCAGUGCGACAUCAACGGCGACUGCACCGACCAGCAGCACAUCAUCGCCGCCGGCCUGGGCACGGGCGCCAUCAUCUCCAUCCUCCUCUGCAUCAUCCUCCUCCUCGUCCUCGUGCUGAUGUUCGUGGUGUGGAUGAAGCGCCGCGAUAAAGAGCGUCAGGCCAAGCAGCUCCUCAUCGACCCGGAGGACGACGUGCGAGACAACAUCCUCAAGUAUGACGAGGAGGGAGGCGGCGAGGAGGAUCAGGAUUACGACCUGAGUCAGCUCCAGCAGCCGGACACGAUAGAGCCCGAUGCCAUCAAGCCGGUGGGAAUCCGCCGUCUAGACGAGAGACCCCUCCACCCCGAGCCGCAGUACCCCAUGAGGUCAGCGGCCCCCCACCCCGGAGACAUCGGAGACUUCAUCAAUGAGGGGCUGAAAGCAGCAGACAACGACCCCACUGCGCCUCCCUACGACUCCCUGCUAGUGUUCGACUACGAGGGCAGCGGAUCCACGGCCGGCUCCCUAAGCUCCCUCAACUCCUCCAGCAGCGGGGGCGACCAGGACUACGAUUACCUCAACGACUGGGGCCCUCGCUUCAGGAAACUGGCGGAUAUGUACGGCGGGAGCGACGACUAACCGGGGACAGACGGAUUGUAACACCACGCACGACGCCGAGAAAAAAAUAAAUAAAUGAAGGAAAGAUGUUUUUUUCCUGUUGACGAACACGGACAGCUUCUGAUAUUCCCUGAGAGAGUGAUAGAAACUGUGACAGAGAGAAAAAAAAAAGAGAAAAACACAUUUGAUUCCGAAUUUUUUUCCAAAAAAAGAAAAAAACAAACAAACAAAAAAAAAAUUCCAACCAACCUUGGCUUAUUGUUGUAGUCUCCGCAUACAUAUGCUUGUUGAAAGCUUAGGCCAUAGGCUGAUGUCCGGUUCUGCAGGAUGUGGGAGGGAACUCUUGGUGGACUGUCGUCACUCAGAUUGUUGGUAUUGAAUGCGCUCAGUUACACUUGAAUUUCACAGUACAGAAGCACUGGGAUAUAAUGUGCCUUUUUGUACAUUUUUUUGGAUCUAAAUGAUUAGUUUUAUGUUCAAGGCUUUAAUGGUACUGACUUUUGGAGUGAUUUCAGACAAAGUAUGUUACACUCUGGUAUGCUUCGACAUGCUUUUUGUUUUUUUUUUCUUUUGUUUUUUUCUUUUUUUUUUUCUUUUUGGUUACACAAUGCUCCUGUUUGUUAAAGAUUAUUUAAAUAAACCACAAAGAAAUGAAGGAUCAUCUGUUAGCUUGGAUGGGAAGAGAAACAAUUACGAGCAGCACUGUACAGUAUGCUAGACUUCUAGACUUUCUCACUAAAAAAUUUAAAAUUAUGCAGCUGGUUGCAAAUAAAGGGAGUUAUGAAUCAUUCUUUUGUAGCAGAUUUUGUUUUCUUUAUUUCUUUUUUUCUUUGAGGUGAUGUAGUAUUUUACAAAAAAAAACAACAAAAAAAUCUGUUUUGGUCUAAUCUAUGUACACUUCAUUUGCCUUAGUCAUCUGAUAUUUCUAAGUUUUACUUCACUGUAAAAAGAUGUGUGUACAUAAUGUUUUUUUUUCCUUUAUAUUUUUUUUUUCUUUUUGAUGUAGUAUAUGAAGAAGUGCAAAAAGUUCCAAACUUGUAAAUGUAUAAUUUGGACGGCAAAUUCAAGUUUUUUGCAUGUUUUUAUCUUUUCAUGACAACGAAGAGGACAAAAAAAAAAAAGAAGAAAUGUUGUUUCCCAAAUUUAUUUACAAAGUGAAAAAAAA